GUUGCCCUCCUGGUAUCUGUGCACCUGAUAACACACACACACACACACACACACACACAAAUAAAAGGCAGCAGCAGGUGGUGUUUGAGAUCAGUGGUGCCAGAAUGGUGCGUCAUAUUUUAAUCGUCCUCGCCCCUCUUCUCCUCUGUGGCGUUGUGCCUUUGUGCAUCGCCACGGUGUGCUCGCCUUCCUGCAUCGGCCACUCCCCUGGUGACAAAGUGCCAGAUCCGCUCUCCUGCUACCGUUACUACUACUGCAAAACUGACGGGAGCCCCACGGACUCCCCUGUCCUUUGUCCGGACAACGCUCCGAUCUUUGACGCCGCCUCCAAGGAAUGCAACGACACCGCCGCGUGCCACGUACGGUGCCUUAACCCGUGCCAAAUCUCUUGCAAGAACAACAUGCAGCUGAUCGGCGACACGAUAGAAUGUGGCACCUAUUACCUCUGCAUUCCAGGAGGCGUUCAAGGGCCGUUUUACUGUAGCAGUGAUACUCCUUUCUUCAGCAGAGAGAAAGAGCUGUGUGUUGCAGACCACACGGUGUGCUGUGACAAAGAGGACCGCUGUGUACCAAUGUGCGAGGGAGAGGGCACCGAGAUAAUAGACCCUAGGGACUGCAGGAAUUAUUACGUGUGUACUGGACCAGGUGUUCCCUUGGACGAGAACCAUCAUCGCUGUCCAGAGGGCCAGGUGUUCGAUGUGUACUGGGGGAGUUGCUCCGCUGACUCCAAGUGCUACACGCUCUGCUACCAUUAAGAGAGGCUUGUGUGCUCCUCACGUGUAGCUUGUAUCGACUGGCCUGCACUGAGAGUUUGAUUUUGGAAAAAAAAAAAAAAAAUGGAGAACAUUGUUGUGCUGGCGAAUAUCUAAAAUCACAUGUUUAUGUUUAUAGUGAGAUAACUGAUAGAUUCCUUAUGUAUGUUUGUUAGGCAAACAAAACAAUAAAACUCCUAAUGAGUGCUUACAAA